CUGGAACGCCGAAAUGAUGGCAGGUGGGUCGGGCCACAGAGCAGUAGUGGUCAACGGAUGGUCGGUAAAUCCUGAUGGACGUGGGAGGAGGAGGCGGACGCGGGAUGGGAUGGGUGCUAGGGUUGGUUGUGGUGGAGACAGACACAGAGAAAGUCUCGGUCAACGGCCAACGCAACAACGGGUCCGCUGGAUCGAGGACAACGGUGUCAGGAUAGUAGAGGAUGAAGAGAGUAUUGCUCAGAAGUGAAAGAAUGACAUGCGACGGGAGACAGACGAGAGCUGUCGGAGGAGGAUGGAUGUGGUGGAA